AUGUCCUUCUCUACCCAAGUCGCAGCCCGCUGCGCCAGACAGCUCUCCGGCUCCGUCCGCCCAUCCUCCCUGCGCAUCGCGAGCUCCGCUUCAUACCUCACAGCCCGUCGCACACCCAGCACCCAACGAUGGGAAUCCACCGAGGCUGCCGCUGCUGCCCCUACAAACCCCAAGAUCUCCCAGAUUGUCGACCAGAUCAGCACAUUGACCCUGCUUGAGACUGCCGACCUGGUCUCCAGCUUGAAGACCCGCCUGAACAUCCCCGAUCUCCCCGUUGGCGGUUUCGCCAUGGCCGCUGGCCCCGGUGGUGCUGCCGCUGCUCCUGCUGAGGAAGAGGAGGCCGCUCCCGCUGCUGCCGAGAAGACCCUGUUCAACCUGAAGCUCGAGUCCUUCGAGGCUGCCUCCAAGCCCAAGGUCAUCAAGGAAAUCAAGACCAUGCUCGGCCUGUCACUGGUUGACAGCAAGAAGUUCGUUGAGGCCGCGCCCAAGGUCCUGAAGGAGUCCGUUCCUAAGGAGGAGGCCGAGAAGAUCAUCGAGACGCUCAAGGCGCUCGGUGCCAAGGCGACCAUGGAGUAA